AAAAAAAAAAGACUGAGCAGGAUACAGAGCUUUGUGAAAGAGUGCACGCUUCGUUUAAGUUCAUCCUUUCUGUAACAUCAUUAAAGUGUCCUGAUUCUUUUCACCCGUUAUAAUGAACUCAGAGUCCACACGGCCCUCUUUAGGAAAAUCUCCACAGACUCCUGCUGCUGCUGCCUCAAAGGUGUACCACUGCUCAGAUUGUGGGAAAAGUUUUAUGAAGAGUCGCCAAUUAAAAUCUCACCAGUGCAUCCAUAUCAGAGAGAAGCCGUAUCACUGUGGACAGUGUGGGAAGAGUUUUACUCAGCAGAGUGCUCUCCAACAGCAUGAGCGUAUCCACACAGGAGAGAAGCCGUAUCACUGUGGACAGUGUGGGAAGAGUUUUACUCGAAAGAGUACUCUCCAACGGCAUGAGCGUAUCCAUACAAGAGAGAAGCCGUAUCGCUGUGAACAGUGUGAGAAGAGUUUUACUUGUCCGAAUACUCUCAAACUGCAUGAGCGCGUCCACACAGGAGAGAAGCCGUAUCACUGUGGACAGUGUGGGAAGAGUUUUACUCAGCAGCGUUCUCUCCAACUGCAUGAGCGUAUCCACACAGGAGAGAAGCUGUAUUACUGUGGACAGUGUGGGAAGAGUUUUAUUCGUCUGAGUCAUUUCCAACAGCACGAGCGUAUCCACACAGGAGAGAAGCCGUAUCACUGUGGACAGUGUGGGAAGAGUUUUACUUCAAAGAGUGCUCUCCAACUGCAUGAGCAUAUCCACGCAGGAGAGAGGCCGUAUCGCUGUGGACAGUGUGGUAAGGGUUUUACUUGUCGGGCUUAUCGCCGCCAUCAUGAGCGUAUCCACACAGGAGAGAGGCCGUAUCGCUGUGGACAGUGUGGUAAGGGUUUUACUUGUCGGGCUUAUCUCCGCUAUCAUGAGCGUAUCCACACAGGAGAGAAGCCGUAUCGCUGUGGACAGUGUGGUAGGGGUUUUGCUUGUCGGGGUAAUCUCCGCUAUCAUGAGCAUAUCCACACAGGAGAGAAGCUAUUUUGCUGUGGACAGUGUGGGAAGAGUUUUGCUUGUCAGAGUAAGCUCCAGCGGCAUGAGCGUGUCCACAUAAGAGAGAAGCCAUAUUCCUGUGGACACUGUGGUAAGGGUUUUACUUGUCAGAGUCAUCUCCGACUGCAUGAGCGUGUCCACACAGGAGAGAAGCCGUAUUACUGUGUACUGUGUGGGAAGAAUUUUACUUAUCAGAGUCUUCUCCGACUGCAUGAGCGUGUCCACACAGGAGAGAAGCCGUAUCACUGUGGACAGUGUGGGAAGAGUUUUGCGUGUCAGAGUGGGCUCCAACGGCAUGAACGUAUCCAUACAGGAGAGAAGCCGUAUCGCUGUGGACUGUGUGAGAAGAGUUUUACUGAGGUGAGUAAUCUCCGACAGCAUGAACGUAUCCACACAGGAGAGAAGCCGUACCAUUGUGGACAGUGUGGCAAGAGGUUUUUUUUUCAGAGUUUUCUCCAACAGCAUGAGCGUGUCCACACAGGAGAGAAGCCAUAUCACUGUGGACAGUGUGGGAAGAGUUUUGCUUAUCAGAGUAGUCUCCCACGGCAUGAGCGUAUCCACACAGGAGAGAAGCUGCAUCAUUGUGGACAGUGUGGGAAGAGUUUUACUUGUCGGCGUAAUCUCCAACGACAUGAACAAAUCCACACAAGAGAGAAACUGCAUCAUUGUGGACAGUGUGGGAAGAGUUUUCGUCACCCGAGUGCCUUCUGCAGCCACCUGCAGUUCAUAAAGAACAGAAGCCGUAUCAGUAUGGGCAAUGUGGAGAGAGCUUUACUCAUUCAAGGUUGUCUCGGGAACACGUGCUCGAACAAUAAAACCAACAGCUCUUGACAUGGGAAUUUGUCACAUUCAGAUAUACGUGUUUUUGUAUUCCUUUUUUAAAAAGGCAAUGGGAAAUUUCGGCUAAAACUCUAUGACGAUCCAUUAUUGCAGCAGUCACAUGGGUCAGUUUUUCAAGAUUUGAAAGAUUGUGUUUUCAUGAAAGGCCUUUUAAAAAGUUUUCCAAUGAUGAAUAGAUCAAGAAAUUCAACAAAUACACUGGUGAGAUGUGGGUAUUUGAAGUAGACAGGUUUAACUUUUUUAAGAAAAGUCAGAAAUGAAGAAAUCUGCUUGGGCAGUUUACAAACCCAGUUCUUUAAAAUUGGGACGCUGUGUGUAAAACAUCAAUAAAUAAAACAAAAUAUGAUUUGUCAGUCAUGGAACCACUAUGUUUCUUGGAAAAUAGUACAAAGACAACAUAUCAAAUGUUGAAACUGAGAAAUUUUAUUGCUGUUUGAAAAAUACAUGCUCAUUUUGAAUUUGUCAGCAACACUUUGAAUUUGUCAGAAAAGUAGGGACAGGGCAACAAAAGACCUGAAAAAGUUGUGUAAUGCUUAAAAAAACAUAUUUAGUUAAUUGUCAACAGGUCAGUAACAUGAUUGGGUAUAAAAAGAGCAUCCCAGUGAGGUUGAGUCUCUCCAGUAAAGAUGGGGAGGGGUUCCUCACUCUGGGAAAGACUGCAUGGGCAAACGUUGCAACAGUUAAAGAAUAAUGUUCCUCAAUGUAAAAUUGCAAAGAAUUUAUGGAUCACAUCAUCUAUGGUACAUAACCUCAUUAAAAGAUUCAGAGAAUCUGGGGAAAUCUCUGUAUGCAAGAAACAAGGCUGAAAACCGAUAUUGGAUGCCUGUGAUUUUCAGGCCCUCAGGCGACACUGCAUUAAAAGCAGACAGGUGCCUGGAGUGGAAAUCACUGUAAGGGCUCAGGAACACUUCAGAAAACCAUAGUCUAUGAAAACAGUUCAUUACUGCAUCCACAAAUGCAAGUUAAAUCCAGAUAUAAACAAUAUCCAGAAACACGGCCACCUUCUUUGGGCCCGAGCUCUUUUACGAUGGACUGAGGCAAAGUGGAAAACUGUCCCGAGGUCUGACGAAUCGGAAGUAGAAAUUCUUUUGAGAAAUCAUGGACACCAUAUCCUCCAGGCUAAAGAGGAGAGGGACCAUCCAGUUUAUCAGUGCGCAGUUCAAAAGCCAGCACCUGUGAUGUUAUGAGGGUGCAUUAGUGCACAUGACCUGGGUAGCUUGGACAUCUGGGAAGGCAUCAUUAAUGCUGAAUGAUCUCUACAUGUUUCAGAGCAAUAUGGUGCCAUCCAGACAAAAUCUGUUUCAGGGAAGGCCAAACUGCUUUCUGCAUAUAUUAAAACUACACUGAACAAAAAUAUAAACGCAGCACCUAAAGAUUUUAUUUAUUUUGUCCAUCCGAUACUGAUUUUUUUUUUCUGCCCACAUCAAAUGAUAGUAUAGCAUACCAGUAAACAUUUUUUGAAAAAAAAAAAUGUCCCUCUACUCAAGUUCUGAGCAGUGCCCAGACUUGAGAUAAUCCAUGAUCCAGUCGGGUGUGACCAUUGCAGACAAAAAUUUCACUGAGUAAUGCAUGUCAUGACCAUCCUUUAUGUGGGGCCAAUAAAAGGCCACCCUAAAAUGACAAAAAUGUUCAAAUGUCAAGAUGCCACAGAUGACCAGAAUCAACCGGGAACGAGCCAUUGGCAUGCUGCAGGCUGGAAUGUCCAUCAGAGCUGUAGGGCGUCAAUUGGGGGUGCUAUUCCACGAUAGUCCGCCUCCGACGACGAUUUCAGCAGCAUGGCACCACAGACAACAUGCCACAUGCAAGCAGGCCACGUGUCACCACUCCAGCACAAGACCGGCAUAUCUAUCUGACCCACCUGCGUGAUCGGUGCCGGCAGGGCUCGAAAUUAACUUUUUUUCUUUGUGUCCCCCAGUGGUCCCGAAUUCUGUGUUGUAUUGUCCCGAAUGGAAGCAAUAGUGUCCCCAUUUUUUUCCUCUCUGAAAUAACCAGUGGUUAAUAUUAGAUAGAUAGAUAGAUAGAUAGAUAGAUAGAUAAUUCUUUAAUGACCACACUGCAAGCAGGUGGAAUUUGUUUUCAGUACAGCAUGGUACAGGUUCCAACAUAUAACAAAAACUAGGGACACAACCUAAGACAACAUGAAUAUCAUACAUAGAUAGACACAGACAAUUCCAACAUCAAACAAUUUUCAGUCCAUGAUCAAUGUUUAUCUGCAAGAGUUCAAAAGUUGUAUGGCAGUAGGGAUAAAACUAUUUUUAAAGCAUGUUGUUUUGGUGGCAAUUGACCUGUAGCCCCUUCCAGAGGGCAGAAGCUGAAAUGCAUAGUGUGCAGGGUGAGUGGGGUCUGAGACAAUUUUGUGGGCUCUGCAUACUGUUCUUUUGUGAUGUAGUGAUUCCAAGGAUGGAAGGGGAGAGCCAUAGCAUUGCAUAUUAUCAUAUGAAGUUACUAUUAUAUUUGUAACUAUGCGAUUUUGAACCCUUUAUAUCAUUUUUACAAUAAGUCACGAAACACAAGUGACACAUGUCCUAUACAUCAUCUACUUCAAAAUUAGUUAUUGCAUUUUCAGUUUAUUAAACUUUGGCGAUCUCACUGUAUGAAUAGAUACCCGUUUAUUUAAAGGGGCCAACUAGCUCAUUCAGAAAAUGUUUUAACUCACUACAUCUGCAGCACACUUUAGUUGAAAAUAAGACCCCUUUUAUGUUCAUUUCAUCUACUUAUACCUUGAAUAUCUGUUGGCAUAUAUAAGGCCAACUUAUCAUUUUCACCAUGACCGUUAUCCAUUUUUAUGUAAUAUACCUAUUGCCCCAUUCAGAGUUGUUUUGAAAGCCAUCAGCCAUACCAUCAAUGGAUGAAAUGCCCUUGAGCAAGGCACCUACCCCAACAUUGCUACAGGGACUGUAACACUGUAAAAAAAAAACUGUCAAGUCACUUUGGAUAAAAGUGUCAUAUCAUAUAAGUGCAAACAAAGCAAUGUAAUGCAAGUUUUUUAUUGUAACCUUUAGUCAUAGAAAUCAUUUACAUUAUUUACAGUGACUUUUCUGAUUUUGCAGUCACAGCGCAGCCACGUUUAUAAUGGCAGUCUAUGGGGCUGAGCGCCUGUCCUCUCCUCACUUUCAGCCUUCUCAUGCAAAAACUCGUUUUUAACUCGCUCUAGUGACCUCAAUUUUUACACUACAGACAAAAAAAUUACAUCACCGUGUUCAGGAGAGCCUUAUGGCACUCAAUGUGAAAGAAUUUUGUGAAUAUAUCCUUCCGUUUUCGUGUAAAUCCCCGUUGUUUGGAGGGAGCGUUCUGAGCAAUUACUGCCCUUUCUGUGUCUCUCAGCACAGCGCGUGGGUGGGGGAAGGGCUGCUUGCUCUUUCACACACAUACACACACACAGGAGGGACGGGCUGCUCCCUCUCAGAGAGACACAGGCUUGUCGUCUCAAGGCAAAUCAUUCAUUCACAGAGUGCAGCCUGAGCUUUCCAUUGUCCCGGGAUUGUCCCAGAUAUUUUAAUUUUGUGUCCCGAUGACAUUUUUUAUGGUCCCCGGGACGUCGGGACACCGUUAGUUUCGAGCGCUGGGUGCCGGACUGCAACACGGACCGCAGGUGAGACCAUGGGGAGACACCAUCGCAGGGUCAGCAGUCAAACUGUGAGAAACCGACUCAGAGAAGCUGGCCUCCAUGCACGUAGACCUCAUCGAGGAUUGGACCUGACUGCUGGGCGACGACGUUCUCGUCUGGACUGGGCUCGGGCACAUAGAAAAUGAAAAUGAAUUUCUAUCUGAACAUUUGUAUUUCAUAAAAUAUGGACCGCUGCGUUUAUAUUUUUGUUCAGUGUACAUAGUUCUGUACUAAGAGUCUGGGUGCUAAACUGCCCUGCCUGCAGUCCAAACCUGUCUCCUAUUUAAAACAUUUGGCACAUGACAAAGUGUGGUGAUUUUAUUUGCACAUAUGUAGUCACAAACACACACAGCUUAAGUAAUCAUAAAUGUAUUCCGAUUCAUAUAACCACACAUGCACUUUCUUUUUAUGCUGAUUUAUAUACUCAUUCAAGGCCGAGCGUGUUGAUUUGCACCAAAGAAUAAAUUAAGUUAAUUCUAUUAAAAGUAAUAAUUGGUUUUUGAAUGACCAUAAUUACAGUAAAAUGCAGCAAAGACAUUGGUCAUACCGAAGGUUGUUUUCUGCUAAAUAACAGGCCUAUUCACAGUGUUAUUCUGACUCCAGCACCUGGAGCGUUAUCAUAUGUGGGAAUGAGUUAGCUAAGACCAUGUUGAAUUAACCAGUUGUUCAUUCUGGAGUGUUUUGCAUGCUGACAUAGUACAUUUUAUCAAGCCAUUCUAAAUUGGGUAGUGUUAGUGUGUGGUUUUUUUGUUUGUUUGUUUGUUUGUUUUAUUAUAUGGUGUAACAGAGGGGCGGCACGGUGGUGUAGUGGUUAGCGCUGUCGCCUCACAGCAAGAAGGUCCUGGGUUCGAGCCCUGUGGCCAGCGAGGGCUUUUCUGUGCGGAGUUUGCAUGUUCUCCCCGUGUCUGCGUGGGUUUCCUCUGGGUGCUCCGGUUUCCCCCACAGUCCAAAGACAUGCAGGUUAGGUUAACUGGUGACUCUAAAUUGACCGUAGGUGUGAAUGUGAGUGUGAAUGGUUGUCUGUGUGUCAGCCCUGUGAUGACCUGGCGACUUGUCCAGGGUGUACCCCGCCUUUCGCCCGUAGUCAGCUGGGAUAGGCUCCAGCUUGCCUGCGACCCUGUAGAACAGGAUAAAGCGGCUAGAGAUAAUGAGAUGAGAUGGUGUAACAGACUGAUCAAGGCCACGAGUGGCUUGUUUGCUCACACCUGCAGCCUGUAUUAGCCUUAAACUUGAUUUGACCCCAGUCAUUUUGAAUCAUGUACGCUCUGAAUGCUGUUGUUUUUGCCCGACCCCAUCUUAUCAUACGUUUUGACUCUUACUGAAUUGACCAUUCAUACUGGAAAAUUUGGCUCAGUUGAUAGAAAAUAUGAGAAGCGUGAGACGUAUUGCCCAGUAGAAAAUGCUGAAGUGGUAUAACGCGACAUGUUAACCAAUGAAAUUAUUUGUUUAAACUUUUUUUCCCUUUGAGACAGUAUAAAAUGAAAACUUGGUAAUUUUGAGACUGUUCACUCUGCAGACCGAACACAGCUUUUAUUUGAUUUAAUAAAAGUCUAAAACUUUCUGCAAUCUCUUGGACUUGGAGUCAUUUUUGCUUGGAGAGUUUCCACGACGGCGGCACGGUGGUGUAGUGGUUAGCGCUGUCGCCUCACAGCAAGAAGGUCCUGGGUUCGAGCCCCGGGGCCGGCGAGGGCCUUUCUG